GAAUGACAUAUUCUUUUAAAGUUAAUGAAUCUCUUUAAACUGAAAUGGUAUCUAUCAAAAAUAUGACUUAUUUUUCCCGUUGCGUAGAAAAAAAGAUUCGAAUCGCAGUCAGCGAAAUCUGUUCAACCUAUUAACGAAACAUAAGGCGUUAUAUAAGGGAAUCGACUUAAAAGGCGUUCAGAGAUUGCCCUAUCAGUUGUCAGUAAUGGCAGUUCUUUGUUUACGACUGUCCCAUUAUCGAAUUUUAAAACCAUCGUGAUUUGUUUCGAUCCAGGUCUGUUACUCAAAGCCACUUGAAAUUUGAACUCCCCGCCGCCAAGUAACAUCUAUGUGCACCAUAUCGCCUUGGCCUUGGCCACAUACUAUGUGUAUGUAGCUGGAGUUGUGAGGGGGAUUUUUAAAAAUAGACCAAUUCCCUUUUUUUUCGCUGAAGAGGUCUUCCCAUCUCAUGUUCUUUGCCUUUCGCCCAUCCAGCGAUAAUACGCAAUCUGGGAGAGAGUAUCGCUUUGAGAACUCUCUUCAGGCGUGGAAAGUUUGUCGGGGGUUGUACUUAUCGACCACCACCAGGAGCGUAGUGAAAAAGGGGGUGGUGUUUACAAUUGUGCAGUGGGCACAGUGUGCUCACGGUAUUUGUUAUUUACAUAACAAAGAUUGCUUGUCAGGUAAACUCACACUGGAUCAUGGCUAUGCAUAGUGGUGAAGGAAUAAUAUAGAAUGUUUAUUGAUUUACGCCUAUUUAAUGGCUAUUAGUAAGAAGAAAUAUGUAUUUAAACACAUUACAUUGUUGUUGUUCUAUAAUAUGAAAAAAAAUAUAUGUUCUUACCUUAUUAAUAUUUUAAUUUGAGUACUAGCACAAAAUUCAAAAUAUAUUUGGUCAUGACAUGUGGUGCACUCUGGUAUGUGCUAUACUCUGAGCACUUUGCCCCACUGUGCCACGAGAUCUGUACAAUCGGGGACACAUGCGCUGGUUGCACGCACUGCCAGCUGCGAUUGCAUGCAACCGCGAUUCAUACGCAACGGGGGUUCAGACAAAGGACGCAUGUAUAUAGCUCAGAAAUCGGCCAGACACAUGCCACGCGUUUCCUGCUCAGUCGAGUGGGCCUGCUCAGCCACAGCAGAUCGAUUAGGAUGCGAUUCAAGACGAGUAUUACCAUAGGCCAUGGACAGCCACACAGGAAUCGACGGCUAAUGGAGCUGGACGACGACAGUCUGCUGAUGAUUUGCGAACAUCUGUCGCUGGGAGACCAACUGAGACUAAUGGAAGUGCAGGAGGAGCGAUUGUCCAGCCUGAUACUGCACUUGUGGUCCAACAGAUACGCCAAGCAGUUUGAUUUUCGCCGGGAGCAGCAAUUAAAGCUGCUAAAGCCCGACGAGCAGGCUCAAAUAUUGGAUCACUUAGGCCGGCGAACAAGAGCCUUAAUUAACCUGCCCGGAACCGGAGAAGGAUGCCGGAAGUGGCUCAAACGGAUGCGACAAAGCCUCACCCAUUUGCAGAGACUCAGUUUCACGAAAAGUAAUACAUUGGUAAUACAGAAGCUCCCCCACCUGUGCCCCAAUUUGGUGGACCUUCAACUUGGCGAGUGUGAGGGCUUAACACCCCCAGAUUUGGAUUUCAUGUUAAGGAACCUUGAAAACAUAAAAGUAUUUGGUAUGCGCUCGAGACGGAGGUGCAGCCAAAGGCGGUACCAGUAUCCCAAAAAUCUGGAGAUCCUAAAACUACCGGCUUGUAUGGUUAACGCCUGUGCUGCUGAGAUCUUUCAAUUGCCCCGACUCCGUCAAUUGACAGCUUUUCUGUGUCCAAAUUUGGGGCACGGCCACCUGGACGAUGAUGAUGGCAAGGCGAGUGGCAGUGGCACAGGAACUUUGUCCGCGUGCCUGCAGCAAAUUCGGGGUCGCAAUUGUCGGAUUGUGGGUCUCCGUUUGCAGUGUCGACUGGAUGACUGCAUGUCAGUCGUCGACGUCGAAGAGGUAUUCCGGCUGCAAUCCUUUGCCUGGCACUCGCAGCUGACGGUGCACUAUGAUGUGGCGGACGGAGUCAAGUGGAUGCCACAGCGACCGCAGGCCGUGCGCUCCCUUCUCCGCUUCCUUGCCACCCAGGCGGCCAGUUUGCGGGAAUUGGAUUUCACGCGUAACGCACAUGCCACGCCCACAUUCCUCGCACAACUGGACGCCCACUUGAGGCGGGCCGGCGGAUGUCCUUCCAACCAACUGACAAAUACGGAUGCGGAUGUAAAAGCGAAUAGGGGUGCGGAUGCGAAUACGGAUGCGGAUACAGCUGAGACAAACGAUUUGGCGUUUGUCGAGCUGGAAUUGCUGCAUUUGCCUAAUGAACAAACGGAAGCGGGCACCGUAGAGGACAGCGAUGAGGGAUUGGGCCAAAAGGAUAAUGGAUUGCUGAUGUGGGGGGCGAAUUAAGAGCAAAUUAAGUAAAUCUCCUGUGCUGCCCCUGAUAAUUUAAAGUCAACAUGGAGCUCAUUGUGUUAGUCCCUUAAGAAAUAUUUAAUAAUAAACAUGUCCUUAAUUUAGGGCAAAGUCAAACAUUUUAAA